ACCCUACUCGUUCAACCUGCUUUACGAUUCAGUCACACCCCAUCUCCAACCACCUGAGUGCUGCUUCUCAGCGGAAAUGCCAAGCCAAACAUCACGGUUACUUCCUCAUCCACCUUCUCGCAGAGUUUGAGACUGAGGUACUAAUGUGAGGGCUGAGAAUGGGAACAGACGAGGCCUACAACUUUGUCUUUAAAGUGGUUCUCAUCGGGGAAUCAGGCGUAGGCAAGAGCAACUUGCUUUCACGCUUUACUAAGAACGAGUUUAACCAUGACAGCAGGACGACUAUCGGUGUCGAAUUCAGUACGAGGACUAUCGAGCUAAACAGCCUCACUAUUAAAGCCCAGAUUUGGGACACAGCCGGAUUGGAGCGGUAUCGUGCCAUCACCUCGGCUUAUUAUCGAGGAGCGGUUGGAGCACUGCUAGUUUAUGACAUUUCAAAGCACCUGACCUACCAGAGUGCCGAGCGCUGGCUGAAGGAACUUUACGACCAUGCCGAUCCCCAAAUUGUGGUUAUGCUGGUUGGCAACAAGUCAGACUUGGCAUCAGUACGAGCUGUGCCCACCGAGGAUGCAAAAGAUUUUGCAGAAAAGAAUGGAUUGCUGUUCAUGGAAACCUCUGCAUUGGAAUCAACAAACGUUGAGGCGGCUUUCAACAACGUCCUUACAGAAAUCCACAAGAAAGUAAACAGCAAAGAGGCGUCCCGUGGUUCUGUCGGCGCUAUGUCACUGUCCAACCCGAACGCUUCACCUGCUGCAGCUCAGGAUGAAAAGAAGCCCUGCUGUAAAAACUUAUAAGAAUGAAGGCACGAUGCAAUAGAAAGUAGUCGACCAGACCGUGUUGUGUCUGGAGUUACACGGGGGCCGUCUGUCUGACGAUAAACCCAAUUGAACCACAGUUUAUUGACCGGCGUGGCCAUACGUAUUUUGUUUGUGGGCCGUCGUUGUUGUGUUUCUAUCACGGGAAAGUAUUCUUGUGCAUGCUGAAAUCGCUAUUCGUAGAUGUUUUCCGUGUCUUCUCUCUUGUGCACACGCGUUUUUUUUGUUUGUUUCUUUUUAUUUUGUGAAAAAAGGAUGUUAUUUAUGAAAUAAUGCCACCACGGAGCAAUUCUUUAUAGUCUUGCUUUAAGAUUCAUUUCAAAUGACUGUGACAUUACUGACGAAAUAUUUUUUUUUUACACUAAACAUUGUCAAACAACACUACAUGCACACUACAUUUCACAACUGUCACCCAAUUAAAAUCCUAAUAAUAAUAAAAAGGACAUGAGAUUUCUUUUAUUACUCAAUCAAAUAUUGUAGACUGUAUGCAAUGAUGAAUAAAUUGAUUACAAAAUGCCUA